GAGCGUAGAACAGUCUCGCGAGAAUUUUUUUGGUCUUUCUGUGUGUGUGUGUCGUUUUGACGUUUCUUCAGUCGGUACGCUCGGACAAUUGUGGUGGGAGGUGACUUGUGGGAGUUGCUGUCUCCUCACAGAAGACGGUGGUGUUGCGGCAUUAGCUUCUCGGCUAGCGACAAAAUUGGAUGAAACUUACUGCCUCCGAGGAAUCAUGUCUGCCAGUUUUCAGAUGAAUAAGUGCUGCGAUUUUUAUGCAAGAACAGCUGCGUCAUUUUGAGGAUAGCCAUAAAAGGGAACAGAACUCAUUCGUAAUCCGGGGACUACCUGUACAACAUAGAGAUGUCUCCAGGCAAGGAAUCUGCAAUAUUUCAGAAAGACAGAGGCAGGGGAUACGGAGUUAUGAUGAUUCAAAACCAAUAGAAGGCUUUUUUCAUGCUAAACUUUGGCCUGUUGAAAAAUGGCCAUCCUGUGGUCCAAUUCUUACCCUAAUCCAAAGCACAGUGAUUAGAAAGGCCCUGAUCAUACAUGCUGUAUGAUUAGGAGGUGAAUUUGUCAGUCAUUCAACCCCCUCCCUCCACCCGUAAACAGUGUUUAAAGAAAACAAUCAAAAAGUACUAUUCUUGUUUAAAGAAAGCAAGCAAAAGGUACUAUACUUCCUAGCUUUCUGAAGCAAAACCAUGAACAAAGCUUCAUACAGGGAUAAACCUCUGUUCUGCCCACUUUGGAGAGAAGCCUGCUUUGCUUCAUGGAGCACCAGAAACUAUCUUGAACGGGGUCUCAUCUGGCUUGGGAUUUGAUCAAAUCUAAUGUUUGUCCCUUGUAUUUUCCAUAAAGUAUUUUCAUUCUAGUGGUUCAUAGCUCUCAUCCUACAAAUGGAUUUUUAGAACUGACAGUAUUGUCAGAUUUUUUUAUAUCAUUAUUAUUUUUUACACUCAUUAGUUCUUUGUUAUAUUGUCAGUAUAUUAAUUCUCUAUAAUCUGUUGGUCUGCACAUAAGCGGCUGCAGAACCCUAUUAGAUUAGGAAUGCAUUUAUCUUAAAAGGGAGAUGGACACUGAACAGUUAACUGUAUAGAGAGAAAACACUGCAGAGUUUUGGCUGUAGUUAGCUUGGGAAGUGACGUCUUACAGCAUUUGCUGUUCUAGAAAGAGCUGAGACACGUAGUGUAAUUGGGAGGAAUCUUAGUGGCAGUAUCUCUGCCUCAGUGUAUAUUUAUCUGUAUAAGUGACAAGGGGUCUGCCUGCUGCUACAACUACAGCUCUUGUGACUUCUGUUAACGCUUUUCCAGCAACAUCGUAUAGCUGAGAUACAGGACUCUUUUAUAUCAAGGGGAAUAAACUUUUUGAACAUUCAAAAUGGGGAAGGAUUAUUAUUCCGUUCUUGGAAUUGAAAAGGGGGCAUCUGACGAAGACAUCAAGAAAGCCUACCGAAAACAAGCCCUUAAAUGGCACCCAGAUAAGAACAAAUCUCCCCAUGCAGAAGACAAAUUCAAAGAAAUUGCAGAAGCCUAUGAGGUGUUGAGUGAUCCCCAAAAAAGAGAAAUAUAUGAUCAGUAUGGAGAAGAAGGACUAAAAGGAGGUGCUGGAGGACCAGAUGGGCAAGGAGGUACCUUCCGCUAUACCUUUCAUGGAGAUCCACAUGCUACAUUUGCAGCAUUUUUUGGUGGUGCAAAUCCUUUUGAAAUCUUCUUUGGUAGAAGGAUGCCUGGUGGCAGGGAUAGUGAAGACAUGGAGGUGGAUGGAGAUCCUUUUGGUUCAUUUACUACUUUUGGUAUGAAUGGAUUUCCAAGAGAAAGAAACACUGUUGGUAGCCAACCCCGCCGAAAGCAAGACCCCCCUGUUAUCCAUGAACUCAAAGUAUCAUUGGAAGAGAUUUACCAUGGCUGCACAAAAAGAAUGAGAAUUUCCCGAAAAAGGCUCAACCCAGAUGGUAGAAGUGUUAGAACAGAAGAUAAAAUCCUUACUAUUGAUAUCAAGAGAGGAUGGAAAGAGGGUACCAAAAUUACAUUCCCCAAAGAAGGUGAUGAAACACCCAACACCAUCCCAGCUGAUAUUGUUUUUGUCAUUAAAGAUAAAAUACAUCCUCACUUCAAAAGGGAUGGCUCAAAUAUUGUUUACCCAGUAAAGAUAAGCUUACGAGAGGCUUUAUGUGGCACUUCAGUCAAUGUACCAACAAUAGAAGGUCGAACCAUACCUAUGACAGUAAAUGAAGUUGUGAAGCCUGGUAUGAGAAGAAGAAUCAUAGGAUAUGGAUUACCAUUUCCCAAAAAUCCUGAGCAACGAGGUGACUUAAUUAUAGAAUUUGAAGUAAUCUUCCCAGACAGUAUAGCUCCAGCGUCAAAAGAAGUACUCAGGAGAAAUCUUCCUGUUUCAUAAGAAAUGUACUUUAGUGAACUGUUCCAAAAGGAAACUGAAAAUUAAGACUUUCAGGUUUAUGCUGUAAAAGUGCAAUCUAUAACUGUGGAACUUUUAUUGUUUGUGUGUGGGUGGGAAAGGGAAUUAUGCAGUGCUGCAUGAGAAUACAAGGAGAAAAUAGAAAAAUUUGCAAUCAAGCAUAAAACUAAACCACUUGCUAUGUAUGGGAUCUUCCCUUUCAGAACAUUUUAUUCAGUAUUUGCUUAUAUGUAACAUGUAAAAUUGGGGGAGGAGAGACCCUCCCAUGCAUAUCUUUCAAAUGAAGUGCUUAACUUUCAAAGCACUUUCAGAUAUUUCUUGAUUGUCUAUGUGAUAUAUUUUAAUUCAUAUGAAUCUAUGUAAGGUUUGUAAAGCUUAUGUUUAUAUACCCAUAAACUCUGUUUAUAUUGCACACAGCAGAAGGCAGGAAAUCUCACUUGAAAUGUUCAUGAGCCCCAAAAAAGAUGAUAGUGUUUUAGCAGUAAGCAUGCAGGUCUGAUGGAAAUUCCAAGGUGUACUUUUUGACUUAGUGGAUUUCAAGAUAGAAACAGCCAUCAAAACAGUUGCUUUAAUGUCCCUUGGAACAUAUGUGCAAAAUAUGUAGCCUGUCUGCUGAGGAAACAUAUCAGGGGAUAGGCUAUCUGAACAACUGUCAAGACAAUUAGCUUUUUUUUUUUACAACUCCAGUGUUUUCAAGGUUUAAUUUUCUUGUAUAUUCUAUGAACAGUAAAUUGUUUAAGGUAAAAUAACUGAAACAUUUGUCAAUCCACCCUGAAUUAUCUGAAGGAAGAUAUAAGAAUGGGAAAAAAGCCCUCAAUCUAGCUUUCAAAAAGACAUCUAUAGGGCUGGUACCCUUGGAUGGCAAAAUAAGACUACUAAACAUACUUUCAACAUUUGUCUUGAAACAUGCUGCAAUAUAUUAACAUUUAUAAAUCAUAUUUUAUUUUUUCGUAUUAGUUAGAACAAGUGUGCUAGGUAGCUGCACUGUUAACUGACAGGAUGUUAAGAACAGUACAAGGUUAUAGCAAAUGUAAUAUACAAGAGAGAUAUAACCAUUUUAGGGGGGAACAAACAUUUUAAGAGCUACACACUGGAGUGAAUUGGCAACUUUUUCAUAGGAUGAGAUAGAAACAACGUCAUUUGUAGACUACAAUGGCAAAUGAUCCAGAAUGCUGGUUUUCAUGACACUAGAAGUGGGAAAGUAGAAAACUUCUGCUUUUUCUUUUAUGCUUAUUGUUAGAGCAUUUAAAUAUCCUUUAUGGUAUGUAUUGCAUUUCAUAUUUUUUUAAUUAAAAUAUUGUUUCUAA